AUGUCGAAGACACGGUAUUCGAAAAUAUCUCAGUAUUUGCAUUUAAUUGAUUCUGCUAAUGCACCCAGCAAAAAUGACCCAAACUACGAUCCCCUGUACAAAGUACGUCCUGUAAUUGAUUUACUUGUUAAUAGUUAUAAAACUGAGUAUCUACCUAGGAAAAAUCUCAGUGUAGAUGAAACCAUGAUAGGCUAUAAAGGCAGAGUACACUUUCGGCAGUACAUGCCUGCCAAACCUACUAAAUGGGGGACCAAGGUAUGGAAAGUUUGUGAAGCAGAGACUGGAUAUUGUGUAAACUUCAGUGUUUACACAGGUAAAAAAUAUAACGGAAACAGACUGCAUGGAUUGGGACAUGAUGUAUAG